AUGGCAGCUGAUUCUGGAGGCUCAAAUGAACCUUUACAAUUAGAACCUUUUAUCCAUCAGGUGGGAGGACAUUCAUCUAUGCUUCAGUUAGACAAAGAUACUAUUUGCAAGCCAUUGAUUCCAAGAGAACUUAAUUUUUAUAAAUCAGCACCAGAUAGUCUCAAAGAAUUUAUGGCAGAGUUUAAAGGAAUUUUAGAAGUGACAUUUUCCGAAGCUCUUGAUGGAUACAUAGAUCUGACAACCUACUUACCACCAACGUACAAAUUAUCUCCCAGUAAAACUGCUCGUAAAAGUUCCUUCUCAGACAAUGAGAAGAAGUAUAAGCAUAGAAUCAAAUUGUGCCAAUCAGGAGAUAUUGAAAUCGAAAGUUUGACUUAUGAUGAUGUAAAGCAGACAUUUGAAAAGUGCAAUAACAGUAAAUCUCAAAAUGGUACACUUCUUAAUCCUUGGGUUUUGCGUUGUCACAAAGAACAAAUGAAAAAACUCAGGAAUUCAUCUUCCAAGAUUCUUCAAAAAUACAUCAUGCUGGAAAACCGUGUAUCAAAAUUUGAGUUUCCCUGCAUUUUAGACCUCAAAAUGGGAACAAGGCAAUAUGGAGAUGAUGCUUCUCUGGCAAAGAGACACUCACAUACAGCUAAAGCAGCAUCUUCUACCACUGCUGUACUGGGUGUAAGAAUAAACGGUAUGCAGGUUUAUCACCAGGACUCUGGCAGAUUUAUGUGUCACAAUAAAUAUUAUGGACGUAGCUUAAACUAUAGAUGGAUUUCACAAAACUUUGGUGAAUUUCUUACAAGACGGUAUUCAUCUGCGAUAUGAUGUAAUUGCUAGCUUGCUAAAAAAGAUACGUAAGCUGCAUUCUGUGGUCCAAACUUUAAGUACAUUCCGUUUUUUUACUAGCUCGCUUUUAAUUAUUUAUAGCUGUGAGAAAUUAUGCUUACAAAAUAACAAGAAUGAAAAACAAAGAAGUUCGCCAUUACAUGACAACGGUAAUGUGCCCAAAAAGGAAAAAGAUGUUGAAGAAUCUCUAGCUUGUUGCAAACGUUGUGAUUCAUGCUCAGCUUCUAGUGAUAUAAACAAAUUUAAAGGAUGUUUUCCUGGUGAAUGUGUAGAUGAAAAUGAUUUUUUUUUCCUCUCGUAGAUCUGUGUAUGAUUGAUUUUGCGCAUUCUACUCAUGGUCGUAUGCCUGAUUCUCCAGUUGUGCACAAUGGACCAGAUGAAGGGUACUUAUUUGGAUUAGAGAAUCUCAUAGCUCAUUUAGAAAUCAUUCAAGAAAAAGGAGAAUAGUCAGUUUACUGAAGCUUAAAAAAAAGUAACUAACCGUUCAUACCUCAUUUUGGUGCCACUCUAAAUGAAAGGUUUUUACAUAAAAUAUUUUUCAUUAUCCAUAUUUCAGGGCAUUAAUUGUUACAUUUUUGAAGAAUCGUUGCUUAUCAUUUUUGGUAAAGCUUCAGCUGACAUGAAUUAUCGGAACAGUUUCUUCAAAGCUUAAUCACAUAUUUUUCCCCAGAUCCAAUUCCAUUUAUGCUUAGUUAUAUAUUUCUAAUAUUCAUUCUCAAAAUGUUAGAUUUAAGAAUCUAUUUUUAUUUUUUGUUCCAAAUUACAAUUUAUAUGUUAGCUAUGAAGCCCCCCCCCCCCCUCCAUUUUCAUAUUAAGAGUGAAUCUAGAUUAGAUAGUAAAACUUAACCUUUAUUUUCAAAAUAAAUGUAGAAAUGACAUAACAUACUUACAAUCUAAGAAAUAAAUGAUGUGUCAUUUUUAUGAAAGAUUUAUCUAUUUAUCUAUUAUUUUUUAAUUACUUUUUGAAUCCUUUAUUCUUAUUUUGUAGCCUAAAAGUAAUAAUUAACUUGAUGUUAAUGUGCCCAACAUAAAUUAUUCUCUAUUUAUAAUAGUAAAAGGCUCAAUACGUAUGAUUAAUCUUUCUCCUGUUGCGUUGCCAUCAUUAUAAAAAAUUAAGAGAAGAUUCUGUGCUUUACUUUUGAGCAAAACAAUGUAUUUUGUAUGCUAUGCUACUUCAUUCAUGCUAUUUUGCAUUUAAUACAAUUUUAACAAUUUGAAUAGUAUUUUUAAAAAAAUGUGUUUAAUUUGCAAGUUUUGAGCAGAAAAGUUUAAAAUUUUGAACAAUUCUUCAGCUAUAAUAGCAGUUUCCUUUUGCAUUUCACCUCGGAUUGUUGUUACCAUUACAAUUUGUCACCCUUCUUCAAAAAAAAAAUUCAAUCCAUUGCAUUGUCAAUUUUUUAAUUUUGUCAUUUAUAUGAAACAAUUUCGUAAGAUUUUACAAAAGUUUUUAGUCAGUGAAUGAAUGAUUCUUAUGCUCCUGUUACAGUGUGAAUGUCAAAAUGCACUGUAUAUAUGUUGAAUUUAUCGAGUUUAUGACAAAAAUCAAUCUUUUGUUUUUCAAAAAACGUGAGAAUUUAGAAAAGUUUCUGUGGAGAAAGGUUAAAUCACAUUUUUCAUCUUUAAUUAACUUUUUAAAAACUACUAAUUAGCAUUUUGAGUGGCAUUUAACAACUAAAUGUUGAAAAAAAUGAGGUGUGAAUGGCUUUGGAGAGAAAAAAUCCAGGUCCUGUACCAUAUCUUUAUAUGCAUUUACGAUUGUGAUAAUUCAUGGUAUGUCAGUAUUAUGUUUUAAAUACUUUUAUUGCCUUAACCUGUUUUGUUUAGGUGAAUUUGUAUGCAGUUCAGAUGAAUGAAUUUCUUAAAAUUUUGUUUCGAUUGUUAAAUGCAGCAUUAAACAUUUUGUGAAGAUGUUUUCUAAAUCAUCUAUAUUUUUAGGCACAUUUGAAUAUAAAAAUUGUGAAACAUAUUUGUUUGUAUUGUGUUGGGUGUUGAAGGUGAUAAAAUUUCAUGUUUCCUAAAUCAUGAGUGAUAUUUUUUAAUCAAAUGGUUUAUAUUUUAAGUUUUUCUGGGGCGGAAUCUAAAUAAAACUGUUUUAAAAUUAAUAUUUUAAGUGUUGUUGCAUUAAUUGUGCUUAUUUAUGCUUUUGAAUGGAGUGAUUAUCUUUUGACAGCUUAGAAGUAUUAGAAUGACUGUUAUGUGUAAAAUUAUGUGUUAUCAACGUAUAUUUAUAAUCAUAUAUUUGUCAUUUAUUUAUUUAUAAGGAUUCUCAUUUAAUAUUUUCAGGUUUAUUGAUGCUGUCAGGAAAUUUAAUUUUUAUUUAUGCUUUGAGUUUGUAACAUAGAAAUACUUGUUAUGAAUGAUUUUAAAAGCGAAAAGUUUUAUUGUUUUGUGUAAUGUUGCUUUCUAUACAUAAAACUAAGAAAAAAGAUUUUAUUUAUUUAGAAUUCGGUGUGAAAUUUCUUUUCUCUUAACAAUUGAAAAUCCGUUUUUCAAUAUAGUUUUUAAGUUUUUGCAGCAAUAAUAUUCUUAAACUUCCUUCUGGAAUUGAAAUGAUUGUUUUUAACGAAACUCAAUUUUUAAUUGGUUCAAUAGGUUUCAUUCAUUAAAUGCAAAAAAAAAGUCUAUUUUUAACCAGUGUCUACUAACAAGUAAUCAAAUUAUUCCUAUAAAUCAUAGAAUAGAUCUAACAAAAAUGAG